AUGGCGACCAAGGAGCUAGAAUCGUUUCCCCCGGCGCUCUGCAAAGAGACGCUCUCGCAUACGCCGACCACCUCCGACGAGUCCUCGUCCCAGCUUGACGAGUUUGACGAAUCCCUACUACCCCCGGUCGACGGGGGAUACCAGGCAUGGCUGUUCCUGGUGGCGUGUUUCAUGGUGGAAGGGAUUGUAUGGGGAUUCGCUCAAUCUUUCGGCGUCUUUGAGACUUACUACCGGACCCAUGAGCCCUUCUCCAAAUCGAACGAGAUUGCUGCAAUCGGUACUUGUGCGAUGGGCAUGGCGUACCUGCCCACCCCCAUCAUCAUCGCCGUCAUGUUCGCUUUUCCCCGCGCUCGGCGCUGGUUCUCCACCGCAGGGUUUGUUCUGAUGAGUCUGGCGCUGGGGCUGGGUUCAUUCUCCCAAAACGUCACGCAUCUGGUCAUGUCGCAGGGCGUGGCCUACGGCAUCGGGGGCUGUUUGGCCUACACGCCAUCAAUUUUGUUCAUGUCGGACUGGUUCGUCAAGAAGAAAGGCCUUGCCUUUGGCAUAGUUUGGAGCGGCUCCGGGCUCACAGGCAUCAUCUUCCCCCUCAUCCUCCAAGCCCUCCUGAACCGAUACGGCUGGCAAACGACACUGCGCGCCUGCUCCGUCACGCUCUUCAUCCUCGCGGCGCCCUUCAUGGCCUUCCACAAGCCGCGCACCCCACUGCGGCACUCCAACCUCAACCAGCUCAGCCUGCGCUUCCUCUGGAACCGGGUCUACCUGAUCUACCAACUCGGCAACACGAUGCAAGCGCUCGGGUUCUGGAUCCCGUCGAUCUUCCUGACCUCGUACGCGCGCUCGCUCGGCACGUCCGACUUCCUCGCCUCCCUGACGGUGACGCUGUUCAACCUGAUGACCGUCUUCGGCUGCGUGUUCACGGGCUACAUGGCGGACCGGCACCACGUGACGAAAUGCAUCCUGGUGUCGUCGACGGGCGCCGUGGUCUCCGUCUUCCUGCUGUGGGGGUUCGCGACGCACCUGGCGCUGCUGUACGUCUUCUGCAUCGUGUACGGCUUCUUCGCGGGCGGGUACUCGUCGUCGUGGUCGGCGCUGACGCACGAGGUGCAGAAGAGCGAGCGCUCGGCGCAUGUGAGCAUGGUGUUUGCCUUUCUGGAGACCGGGCGCGGCGUGGGCAAUGUGGUGAGCGGGCCGCUGAGCGAGGCGUUCUUGAAGAUGGGCGUGUGGAAGGGCACGGCGCUGGGGGCGUAUGGCACGGAGUAUGGGGUGUUGGUGGUGUUUACGGGGGUCACGGCUCUACUGGGGGGGUUUGCGUCGUUUGCGAGGCUGAUGAAGUGGGUGUAG